AUGACUAAUCUUUAUUCUAGUCAGUCCCAGACCGAAUCUAUAGUUUUUAGAUUUUUUGUCUGUCUGCCUGCCUGCCUGCCUGCCUGCCUGCCUGCCUGCCUGCCUGCCUGCCUGCCUGCCUGCCUGCCUGCCUGCCUGCCUGCCUGCCUGCCUGCCUGCCUGCCUGCCUGCCUGCCUGCCUGCCUGCCUGCCUGCCUGCCUGCCUGCCUGCCUGCCUGCCUGCCUGCCUGCCUGCCUGCCUGCCUGCUGCCUGCCUGCCUGCCUGCCUGCCUGCCUGCCUGCCUGCCUGCCUGCCUGCCUGCCUGCCUGCCUGCCUGCCUGCCUGCCUGCCUGCCUGCCUGCCUGCCUGCCUGCCUGCCUGCCUGCCUGCCUGCCUGCCUGCCUGCCUGCCUGCCUGCCUGCCUGCCUGCCUGCCUGCCUGCCUGCCUGCCUGCCUGCCUGCCUGCCUGCCUGCCUGCCUGCCUGCCUGCCUGCCUGCCUGCCUGCCUGCCUGCCUGCCUGCCUGCCUGCCUGCCUGCCUGCCUGCCUGCCUGCCUGCCUGCCUGCCUGCCUGCCUGCCUGCCUGCCUGCCUGCCUGCCUGCCUGCCUGCCUGCCUGCCUGCCUGCCUGCCUGCCUGCCUGCCUGCCUGCCUGCCUGCCUGCCUGCCUGCCUGCCUGCUGCCUGCCUGCCUGCCUGCCUGCCUGCCUGCCUGCCUGCCUGCCUGCCUGCCUGCCUGCCUGCCUGCCUGCCUGCCUGCCUGCCUGCCUGCCUGCCUGCCUGCCUGCCUGCCUGCCUGCCUGCCUGCCUGCCUGCCUGCCUGCCUGCCUGCCUGCUGCCUGCCUGCCUGCCUGCCUGCCUGCCUGCCUGCCUGCCUGCCUGCCUGCCUGCCUGCCUGCCUGCCUGCCUGCCUGCCUGCCUGCCUGCCUGCCUGCCUGCCUGCCUGCCUGCCUGCCUGCCUGCCUGCCUGCCUGCCUGCCUGCCUGCCUGCCUGCCUGCCUGCCUGCCUGCCUGCCUGCCUGCCUGCCUGCCUGCCUGCCUGCCUGCCCUGCCUGCCUGCCUGCCUGCCUGCCUGCCUGCCUGCCUGCCUGCCUGCCUGCCUGCCUGCCUGCCUGCCUGCCUGCCUGCCUGCCUGCCUGCCUGCCUGCCUGCCUGCCUGCCUGCCUGCCUGCCUGCCUAAGCUCAAAUACGUCAGUACUACAAAUCCUAAGAUUGCUGUGGGA